AUGUGGUGUAGCGGACCAGAAUGGCUGAAGAUCUACACCGAUCCGAGUGAACAAACAAGUAUGAAUGAGAAUGAACCUCCAGAGGAAGUGAUUAAGGAAAUGAAAUUAAAGAAGUCAAAGAAACCUUCAGAAACGUCAUCCUUUAACGCGACUUGCGAAGUAGGACAUAUUGGUGAAAUUAUCGAUUGUAAGAGAUUUAGUAGCUUAAACAAACUACAGAGAACUACAGCGAUAGUGUUGAAAUUCAUUCAGAUGUUGAAAUCGAAGAGAGAUCCGACCGUUAGAGCAAAGCCAUUAACAGACUACAUGUUACAAGCGGAGGAACUUUGGUUAAAAGAUAUUCAAUUUCAACUGAUGUCGAAGGCGAAGACAAGAAAAUGGGAGCGAGAAUUCGGACUGUACCGUGAUGAGAGAGAUAUUUUGAGAUGUGAAGGCAGACUCAAGAAUGCAGAAUUAACCACGACGCAGAAACACCCAGCGAUAUUGGAUGCGGAACAUGAUGUAACGUCACUAAUAUAGUGAGAGAUAGUCACGAAAGAGUAAAACACAAUGGUGUAAAAGAAACCUUGACAGAGAUUAGAUCGAAAUUUUGGAUUGUUAGAUGUCGUCAAUACGUGCGAAAACUGAUACAUGAAUGUGCAGUAUGUCGACGGCAGGAAGGAAUUGCUUACAAACCACCAGAUCCACCAGCAUUACCAGUAUUUAGAAUCACGAAAGAUCACCCUUUCACGUACACAGGGGUGGACUUCGCUGGACCACUGUAUGUGAAACAAGUGAACGCAGUGGCCAUGAAGAAGGUUUACAUGGUUAUAUACAUUUGCUGUGUCGCGAGCAGUACAUUUGGAUGUUGUGAGUGAUAUGACGGCAGAAGCCUUUAUAAGAAGUUUUAGGAGAUUCACAGCCACUGAUCUGUACUAAGACUGGAUAACGCAUCUAUAGUAUACAAAAGUGAAGCUGGAAGUCACCGGCCGCCAUCCGAUUCAAGGGUCCCACUUUUGUAUAGAUUUGUAUUACAGAUUGUAGCUUUUCGCGUUUUUUGCCUUGGCUACGUUUCUGACCGGGCCAGUUUUACAGUCACAAAGAUAGAAGCAUACAAGAAGAAUUUUGAGCAAAAAAUUUGGAGUAUUAUGGCUUUAUAACGCCGCGAAACGGAAUUUACAAUUUUGAAGGAGUGUUCAGACUGUGUAUCAACACGAGCUCGUAUUGCUACUUUCAUACAAAAUCAACUGAAAAUAUACAAGAAUUACUGUUACUGGACGAAUAUUCUCGGGAAAUUUGAAGAAAUGAAGCAGCUACAUUGUGAACGAAUACGUAGUGAGGUUAGUUUUAAAAUACCUUGAGGCUACUUUUAUAAUUAUAUGAAAAUUAAAGAACAGUUUUAAAUGUCAACUUUGUCAAGAACAUUCCCUCGGCUUGUCGAGAAGUUUUAUAUGUUUUAAAGUAGGAAGAUAAGUGACAAUCAAAUAUGUUUUAAUCCAAAUUAACAAUGACUCAAUAUAAUGUUAUUUUGAUUCAUAUAAUUAUAAAAGUAUUCAAGGUAUUUUAAAACUAACCUCUGUACGCUUUUGUUCACAAUGUAGCUGCUUCGUUUCUUCAAAUUUCCCGAGAAUAUUCGUCGAGUAACAGUAAUUCUUGUAUAUUUUGAGUUGAUUUUGUAUGAAAGUAGCAAAACGAGCUCGUGUUGAUAAACAAAGUCCGAGGCUCUCCACUCCUUCAAAAUUGUAAAUCCCGUUUCGCGGCGUUAUAAAGCCAUAAUACUCCAAAUUUUUUGCUCAAAAUUCUUCUUGUAUGCUUCUAUCUUUGUGAUUGUAAAACUGGCCUGGUCAGAAACGUAGCCAAGGCGAAAAAAGCGAAAAACUACCAUCUGUAAUACAAAUCUAUACAAAAGUGGGACCCUUGAAUCGGGUGGCGGCCGGUGACUUCCGGCUUCACUUUUGUAUACAAUAGAUGCGUUAUCUAGUCUUAGUACAGAUCAGUGUUCACAGCCCGCCAAGGAAUACCGCGAGAGGUGAAAUCAGACAAUGCAAAAACAUUUAAAGCGGCUUCAAAACAAUUAGCAGCCCUAUUCGAGAUUCCAAAAGUGAAGAAAUACCUUUAAGAUCAAAGAAUUCGAUGGACAUUCGACCUUGAGAAGUCACCAUGGUGGGGAGGGUUCUUCGAGAGACUAAUUAAGAGUGUGAAGAGAUGUUUAUACAAGAUUCUUAAAAAUGCCAGAGUCACGAACGAAGGACUUUAUACCGUGCUUACGGAGAUAGAAGCAACAUUAAACUCGAGACCGCUAACGUAUGUGUCUACGGAAGACCUAGACGAACCAAUUACACCUUCACAUUUGAUAAAUGGAAGAAGAAUAAACUCGUUGCCGGAUGCAGUUAAGCCAGGAGAGGAAUCGGGAAUUGAAGAGAUAACCAACAACAAAGUUGCAACAUGAGUAUCGUAUCUUACAACUUUAAAGGAACACUUUUGGCUGAGAUGGAAGAAUGAGUAUCUGCUUGAGUUCGGCAAUGCUCAUCGACAGAAGACUAAACGACAGAAAGGAAAUUGUAUUAAAGUUGGAGAUGUUGUAGUUAUUCACGAAGAGAACGUACGUAGAGUAAAGUGGAAACUCGGUAGAAUCGAGAAACUGAUAGAAGGAAAGGACGGGGCUAUUCGCGGAGCGGUAGUUAGGAAAUUAACAGACAAAGGAGGAAAAUGUACGGAAAUUAGACGGCCAAUUCAGAAAUUAUACCCGGUUGAGUUGUCGGAAGGCGAUGAAGAAAUUGUAACGGUAGGAGAUAAACACGGAGAACGCUUCAGAGAAAGACGAUCAGAAGACGGAAUUGAGAAGGAGACCAAUACGGGAGGCAGCAAGAAAGGCACAAGCGAAGAGACAGGUACUCAUUGA